AUGGAACCCCAACAACAACAGAACCAACAACAACACUCACCAAACGAGGAUGGUGGCAGUGGAAAAGGGGGGUUUCUGAGCAGGCAAAGUAGUACACGGUGGACUCCCACAACCGAUCAGAUAAGAAUAUUGAAGGACCUUUACUAUAACAAUGGAAUUAGAUCCCCAAGUGCAGAACAGAUUCAGAGGAUCUCUGCUAGGCUGAGGCAGUACGGUAAGAUUGAAGGCAAAAAUGUCUUUUAUUGGUUCCAAAACCACAAAGCUCGAGAAAGGCAAAAGAAAAGGUUCACUUCUGAUAAUGUGCCCAUGCAAAGAGCAACAACUAAUGCUGUUGCUUGGAAACCUGAAGAACCCAUUCACACCAAGUAUUGUAACAUACCAUCUACAGGGAUCUCUUCGGCAUCAUCUUCUUCUGCUGAGAUGGUUACUGUGGGACAGAUGGGGAAUUAUGGGUAUGGAACCGUGCCCAUGGAAAAGAGUUUUAGGGACUGCACAAUAUCAGCUGGGGGCAGCAGUACUGGUCAUGUUGGACACAACAUGGGAUGGGUCGGUGUGGACCCAUAUUCCUCAGCCUACGCCAAUUUCUUUGACAAAAUAAGGCCAACUGAAGAAACCAUGGAAGAAGAACAAGAAGAAGAUGGUGCUACUGAGAUUGAAACCCUCCCUUUAUUCCCUAUGCACGGUGAGGACAUCCAUGGCUAUUGCAACCUCAAGUCUAAUUCUUCUAACUAUGAUGGAAGCAGUUGGCAUCAUUCUGAAGAUGGGUUCAAGAAUGGUUCUCGUGCUUCCUUGGAGCUCAGUCUCAACUCUUAUACCCGCAGAUCUCCAGAUUUCGCUUGA